GAGCACGAGGCGCGCAUGCAGAAGCGCACGGGCGGGACGCGGGAGCAGGUCGUUCUACCGCGAGCAUCAUUCACUGCUCGUCCACCGCACCGCCACGCGCCCGGACUAGACGAAGCGAGUCCCUGACCCCGACGCGGCGCUGCCGCCUGCCGCGCUGCCGCUGUGCACCGGCCGGUUCCCUCCCUUUCCCUUGGGCGCCGUGGCUUGGAGGCAGAGCAGGCGACAAACCAAGUGGGCAGGGGGGGAUCCCGGAGCAGAGCAGGGACGGGCAGGGCAGGGCAGGUCAGAGCAGGCGGCGCCAGCAGCAUCCAUCGACCCCGCCGCGCACCAACCCCAACGCCUCCUCCUCCCUCGUCCGGCCCUCUGCCCCGCUGUACUUGCUCUUGUACACGUGCGCGCCUAGCUCCAGCUCCAGCUCCAGCUGCUCCGCUCCACCCCCAUGCUCGCUGCCUCUACAGCUUGUGGGGCAAAUCCGAAUCGUUCCGACGGACGGAGAGAAAAAGGGGGAGGUGCCAGGUAGCGGGCCGCCAUCAUCGCCCCGGAAAGGCGACCGAGCGCGGAGGAGGAGGAGCCAACCAGAGAUCUCCGAUCCUCCGUCGUCAACGACCCAUCCGUCCGCCGUCGUCAUCACUCCGCUCCAUCGCACACCUCGGAGCAUCGCAUCGCAUCGCAUCACUCGCUCACUCCCCUGCACCGCGCAUCCCAGAGCCUCUCGCUCCCGCUCGCCGGAUCCCUCCCGGCGGCGGCGCCUCCGCCGCUCCGUUCCAUCCGCCGCAACGCAAGCGCACGCUCUGCCCAGCGAUCGCAGGCACCGCCGGCCGCCGAGCCGUGAUCCUCAUCCCUUCCCUGAUUUAAUUUCAUUUCAUUUCCUCCAGGCGGCGGCGCUCCCUCCCGAGGCGGCAAAGUCAACCCCUGCAUCCCACGAUCCGCUCUGCUCGGGCGCAGAGCCAGCCAAGGCGAACUACCCCGCCCGCCCGUUCGCCGGCCAAGGCGCCCAGGUCAACGCCCCGAAGCGGCGGCGGCCGGCCAUCCAUCUCAUCGACCCCGCGCGGCGGGCCGGAGACCGACCUGAGCGCCGCCCGCCCCUCCGGCGAAAAAAAAAAUGGGGUCGUUCAAGGGCCACGUGCUGCCGGGCACGCUCUUCCUCCUCGUCGGCCUGUGGCGCGUCUGGUCCUCGGUGGCGCGGUUCGCCGCCGAGCCGUCCUCCUUCCGCGUCCGGGCCUGGAACCCCGUCUCCGUCGCGUCACCAUCGUCGCCGCUGCGGCUGCUGGAGCUCUACGUGAUCGCGGGCGGCGCGCUGGCGGACAUGUGCGUCGAGGUGCUCUACUCCACGCACCUCCACAUCUUCUCCGGCGGGGAGAUCAACCCGGCGCACCUCAACGACCUCGAGCACGGCGGGAUGCUCCUCAUGUUCUUCCUCUUCGGGGCGCUCGCGCUCGCGUCCCAGCUCAAGCCCAGGUACAUGCCGUUGACCGAUGGCGUGCUCUGCCUGUUGGCUGCGACAGCGUUCACAGCAGAGUUCGUGCUCUUCUACUUCCACUCCACCACCCACAUGGGCCUGGAGGGCUACUACCACUACCUCCUCGUCGUCCUCGUCGGCCUCUGCAUCGUCGCCACCGUCCUCGGCGCGCUCCUGCCGGAGAGCUUCCCCGUCGACCUCGCCUCCGGCAUCCUCAUCGCCCUGCAGGGUCUCUGGUUCUACCAGACGGCGUUCACGCUGUACGGUCCCAUGCUCCCCAAGGGCUGUGCCCGUGAUGCCGACGGCCACAUCGAGUGCCAUUUACACGCCGCGCAGGAACGCUCCGAGCAGCUGGCGAACUUCCAGCUGUUCGGGCUCGUGUUGUUGGCCUUCCUGUACGUGCUUGUGUGCUACGCCGUCGCCGCGGCGAGGUACGGGCACCCGGACUUGACGGCGAUGCACGACAAGCACGUCGCGGCGAUGGAGGGUGACGCCGGCACGGGCUCCCGGGAGGAGUGCGCGAUCUAGUGGCCAUUGCUGCUUCUCUGCUUCUUGGAUUUGGUAUAGGAGUACUUGAAGAAAUGGCUGGGCCAUUGAGAGUUUUCAGACUUGAGCUCGGCAUACGGGUAGGGAGUGUACAUUUUGGGAUUAAUUAAAGAGAAAUUACCAGAGCCUUUUUCUCCUGAAAUUUACAAAAAGGUUUCAUGAGUUGCUUAACUUGAUUUGUAACAGUCACUGAUUUUUGUAUGCUUGUUACAUGAGGAGUAGAAUAAGAGAAGGAAAGUUCUUGUUGAUUGGAAAAUAGUUCUUCAUAGAAAAUUGUGUUGUACAACA